AUGGCACGCAAGAAGCAAGACCAGAUUGGAGAAGACGAUGCCGUGGUGGAGACAGCCGAGGAGACCACAAAGCCUGCCGAGGCGGACAUCACAGGGCUGUGCCAGGACGUGUUCUCCAAAAUGGCCACGUACCUAACCGGCGAGCUGACAGCCGCCAGUGAAUACUAUAAACUUCUGCAAAAUAUGAACAAACUGACUAGCUUGAAGUAUCUAGAAAUGAAAGAUACUGCAGUGAACAUAAGUAGAAACCUGAAGGACUUAAAUCAGAAAUCUGCAGCUCUUCAGCCUUACCUGGAUCAGAUCACUUUAAGUGAGGAGAAAGCAGCAGCUCUCGAGCAGGCAGCUUACACGUUGGAUGCAUAUUCAAAGAAACUAGAAGCAAAGCACAAGAAGUUAGAGAGGCAAAGAAAACAUGCAUUAGCACAAAGACUUUAACUACAAGAAUGUUUCCUAAGAGCUGAAAUAAGUGGGAUGGAACUUAUCACUAUGCUUCAGUUUCUAAAAGGAAGCGGUGCUGCUGAUCCAAGGAGAAUCCCAGCCCCCACCUCCGUUUGGAUGUGUAACUUUGGCCACCCCUUGCUGUU